AUGCAGCUAAUUCGAGACCAGUUCAUAUCUUCGCGAGGGAAUGAGUACUUCUGCGAGAUUGACGAAGAAUACCUCACCGAUCGGUUCAACCUGACGGGGCUCAACACGGAGGUCCAGUACUACCAAUACGCGCUUGACCUCGUGACGGAUGUCUUCGACUUCGAUUGCGACGAUGAGAUGCGGGAAGCGAUAGAAAAGUCGGCGCGGCAUCUGUAUGGCCUGGUACAUGCGAGAUACAUUGUUACUACUAGGGGUCUAGCAAAGAUGCUCGAGAAGUUCAAGAAAUCAGACUUUGGCAAAUGCCCCCGCGUCAUGUGCGAAUCACAACCGCUCCUCCCCAUGGGUCAAUCUGAUGUCCCCAACUCGUCACCCGUCAAACUCUACUGCGCGCGCUGCGAAGAUCUCUACAACCCAAAGUCGUCACGACAUGCUAUAAUCGAUGGCGCGUACUUUGGCACCUCGUUUCACAACAUCCUGUUUCAGGUAUACCCAGCGAUGCUGCCGCCCAAGUCGCAGAGACGGUUCGAGCCCAGAGUCUUUGGAUUCAAAGUACACGCAGCAGCAGCGCUAGCAAGAUGGCAGAGCGAGCAGCGAGACGCCAUGAAAGACCGACUGAGGGCAGUGAAGAUGGAGACUGGAUUUGAAGACGAGGACGAAGAUCUGGAAGAAGACGAGGAGGACGAGGACAUGGUCGAAGAGGGCGUCGAGGGCGCUGUUGUACAAGUAUAA